CCGCCAGCAAGGCCUCCGCCGCUCCCCUUCUUUGGCCCCUUUGUGUCCCCGCAGUAUCGAGGCGCGGGCCCUGGCACGUCCUUUCUCGAGGCGGGGAGCACCGUAGUGCAGGGAGCCUCUCGCUGUGGGCGGGCGCGCGGCCCGCAGGGGGGUUAGAGUGGGGAACGUGCCUGCGCGUGCAGGGAUAGUUCAUUUAAAGCUCUUAAUUCCACAGGGUGGUGGUGGUUUCUGCCAAUAUGAAUCUUUUCAACUUGGACCGUUUUCGCUUUGAGAAAAGGAGUAAGAUUGAGGAAGUGCCCGAAGCAACCCCUCAGCCCUCCCAGCCUGGCCCUUCUUCACCAAUUUCUCUUAGUGCUGAAGAGGAGAAUGCUGAAGGAGAGGCUAGCAGGGCAGGCACACCUGAUUCAGAUAUAACUGAGAAAACAGAAGAUUCUAGUGUUCCAGAAACUACAGAAAAUGAAAGAAAAGCCAGUAUAUCAUAUUUCAAGAAUCAAAGAGGAAUACAGUAUAUUGAUUUGUCUUCUGAUAGUGAAGAUACUGUGUCUCCAAAUUGCUCCAGUACAGUUCAAGAGAAAAAAUUCAACAAAGACACAGUGAUUAUUGUUUCUGAGCCCUCUGAAGAUGAAGAGUCCCAGGGCCUUCCUACCAUGGCAGGUAGACAUAACGAUGAUAUUUCAGAAUUAGAAGACCUUUCGGAAUUGGAAGACCUUAAAGACGCUAAACUUCAGACCUUGAAGGAACUUUUCCCACAAAGAAGUGACAAUGACUUACUUAAGUUGAUUGAAUCAACAAGCACUAUGGAUGGAGCAAUUGCUGCUGCCUUGCUGAUGUUUGGUGAUGCAGAAGGUGGUGGACCCAGGAAAAGAAAAUUAUCUUCUUCUUCAGAGCCAUAUGAGGAAGAUGAGUUUAAUGAUGAUCAGUCUAUAAAGAAGAAAAGACUGGAUCAUGGAGAAGAAUCAAAUGAGUCUGCAGAAUCUAGCAGUAAUUGGGAAAAGCAAGAAAGUAUUGUAUUGAAAUUGCAAAAGGAAUUUCCUAAUUUUGAUAAACAGGAACUAAGGGAAGUACUCAAGGAACAUGAAUGGAUGUACACAGAAGCUUUAGAAUCUUUAAAAGUGUUUGCAGAAGACCAAGAUAUGCAGUAUGCCUCACAAAGUGAAUUUCCAAAUGGAAAAGAAGCUUCUUCGAGAAGUCAGAAUUAUCCUAAAAAUUCAGCUAAAACAAAGCUGAAACAGAAAUGUUCCAUGAAACCACAAAAUGGUUUUAAUAAGAAACGUAAAAAAAAUGUAUUUAAUCCUAAGAGAGUUAUUGAAGACUCUGAAUAUGAUUCGGGUUCUGAUGCGGGCAGUUCACUAGAUGAGGACUACAGUAGUGGUGAAGAAGUGAUGGAGGAUGGCUAUAAGGGUAAAAUUCUUCACUUUCUUCAAGAUGCUUCAAUUGGUGAACUAACUUUGAUUCCUCAGUGUUCUCAGAAAAAGGCUCAGAAGAUAACUGAACUCCGGCCCUUUAAUAGUUGGGAAGCUCUGUUCACAAAGAUGUCCAAAACUAAUGGCUUAUCAGAGGAUCUGAUAUGGCAUUGUAAAACACUGAUCCAAGAAAGAGAUGUAGUUAUAAGGCUUAUGAACAAAUGUGAAGACAUUUCAAAUAAGUUGACAAAACAAGUUACCAUGCUCACUGGAAAUGGAGGUGGAUGGAACAUAGAACAACCCUCCAUUCUAAACCAGAGUUUGUCACUCAAGCCCUAUCAGAAGGUUGGUUUGAAUUGGCUGGCAUUGGUACAUAAACAUGGACUUAAUGGCAUUUUGGCAGAUGAAAUGGGCCUAGGAAAAACUAUUCAAGCCAUUGCAUUCCUGGCAUACCUCUAUCAGGAGGGUAAUAAAGGUCCUCAUUUGAUCGUUGUUCCAGCAUCAACUAUAGAUAAUUGGUUAAGAGAAGUUAAUUUAUGGUGCCCCACUUUAAAGGUGCUCUGUUAUUAUGGCUCUCAAGAAGAACGUAAACAGAUUAGAUAUAACAUCCAUAGUAAAUAUGAAGAAUAUAAUGUAAUUGUGACCACGUAUAAUUGUGCAAUCAGCAGUUCUGAUGAUCGUAGUCUGUUUCGAAGGCUGAAACUUAAUUACGCAAUUUUUGAUGAGGGCCAUAUGCUGAAGAAUAUGGGCUCUAUCCGCUACCAGCACCUCAUGACAAUUAAUGCAAAUAACCGUUUGCUGCUCACAGGCACACCUGUACAGAAUAAUCUGUUAGAACUCAUGUCACUAUUAAAUUUCGUUAUGCCACACAUGUUCAGUAGUAGCACCAGUGAAAUACGAAGAAUGUUUUCUUCUAAGACAAAAUCAGCAGAUGAGCAAAGUAUAUAUGAAAAAGAGAGAAUAGCACAUGCAAAACAAAUUAUAAAACCAUUUAUUCUCAGAAGGGUAAAAGAAGAGGUUCUCAAGCAGCUACCUCCCAAGAAAGAUCGAAUUGAACUGUGUGCAAUGUCAGAAAAACAGGAGCAGCUCUAUUUGGGUCUUUUCAACAGAUUAAAAAAAUCUAUCAAUAAUAUGGAAAAAAACACAGAGAUGUGCAAUGUAAUGAUGCAAUUGAGAAAAAUGGCCAAUCAUCCUUUAUUACAUCGCCAAUAUUACACAGCUGAAAAGCUCAAGGAAAUGUCUCAGCUUAUGCUAAAGGAACCUACACAUUGUGAGGCUAAUCCUGACUUGAUCUUUGAAGAUAUGGAAGUUAUGACAGACUUUGAAUUACAUGUACUUUGUAAACAAUAUCGACAUAUCAAUAGCUUCCAGUUAGACAUGGACUUGAUUUUAGAUUCUGGAAAAUUCCGAGUUUUAGGAUGCAUCUUGUCUGAAUUGAAACAGAAGGGUGAUAGAGUUGUAUUAUUUAGCCAAUUUACCAUGAUGCUGGAUAUUUUAGAGGUUCUCUUAAAACAUCAUCAGCAUAGGUACCUCAGAUUAGAUGGAAAGACCCAGAUUUCUGAAAGGAUUCAUCUAAUUGAUGAGUUUAAUACUGAUAUGGAUAUCUUCGUGUUUCUGCUGUCAACAAAAGCUGGUGGCCUAGGAAUCAAUCUGACUUCAGCAAAUGUUGUUAUACUUCAUGAUAUUGACUGUAACCCUUAUAAUGACAAACAAGCAGAAGAUAGAUGCCAUAGAGUAGGCCAGACUAAAGAAGUACUAGUUAUAAAAUUAAUAAGCCAAGGGACAAUUGAAGAAUCCAUGCUAAAAAUUAACCAACAGAAAUUGAAACUAGAACAAGAUAUGACCACAGUAGAUGAAGGUGAUGAAGGGAGUAUGCCAGCAGAUAUAGCCACAUUACUAAAAACAUCAAUGGGCCUGUGAAGUUAAGGAUUGUGAAUUCCUAACUGAUGAGGAAAUAUCAACUUGGUGCACUCAAGGACAUUUACAUUAUGAUGACCAUGGGGUUUAUGAACAUUUAUAACUUUUUAUAAUUUCCAUAUUACAUUUCUCAUAGUAUGGACAACUUUUUUGCCACUAACUGAAUUCUCCAGAUGCUCACAUGUGAAAUUUAAAAAAAAAAAAAAAAAAAAA